AUGUCCACCUCAGCUUCGCCCCAUGAAAUGAAAGCAAUGCCCAGAAGACAACAAAGUUCGGAACGUUGCCAACUUGCGGAAGCUCGAAAGCCCCGAAACAUUGUGCUUUGCUUUGAUGGUACAGAUGGGAAUUUUGGCCCGAAACCGUUUACCAGCGUUCUAAAGAUCUACCGAAUGUUGGAUAACAGCGAUGAGAGUACUCAGUUGUGUUAUUACCAACCCGGAAUUGGAACCUCGAUGAGUUUUGAAAGAAGACUGGAUAACGGAAAUAGAAUCACGCCUUCUAAGCUGAGUAAUCUCUUGGAUUCAGUGGUGGCUUUUACGUUAGACCAGCAUGUUUGUUCUGCUUAUUUAUUUCUUAUGCGGUAUUACAGACCUAACGACAAGAUUUUUAUGUUCGGGUUCAGCAGAGGCGCUUUCAUUGCGAGAAUCUUAGCGGGAAUGAUUGAGAGAGUUGGGCUGCUAAAUGAGGGCCUUGAAGACAUAAUAAACACGGCUUGGAAAAUCUAUGAAGCAUGGGAGUAUGCAGCCCAGCCCAGCCAGCCCGAUUAUACAACAACUCUUGCAGACGAAUUCAAAAAGACUUUUUCUCGAAAUUACGAUGUGGAAAUUCACUUUCAGGGUCUGUUUGACUCAGUUAACUCCAUUGGCCUAAUACGUGAUAGACUUUUUCCGUAUGCUGCACGUAGUACGAUAGUUCAGCACGUUAGGCAUGCCGUUAGCCUAGAUGAGAGGAGAGGUAAGUUCAAGCAGCAAAGCGUAGCUUCGAGGAGAGGACAUUCAGGAAACGUCCCCGAAAUUUGGAGGAACACCAAUGGCACUCUUUCAAAACCAGAAGAGGCAGACGCUGUGAAUAUAACCUCCGUAACCAGAGAAAGUAAUCUUCAAAGUGCAGGCGGCCUUCAAGACGCAACGACCUUUGUUUCGGGCAGUCGUGAGCCGUGUCCGACCCCAGAAUCGAUUCCAUUAUUGGAAAGGUUUUCUGUGACAGAACUUCAAACCUGGUUAAAGUCUGUAAUUCUGGGCCGCUGGUGGCAUAAAGGAGGGAGUACGCUAGCUCAGAAUAAAUUGGAGCAUUUUUUUGGUUCACCAGCGACAUCUCCAGAUAUUAUCGAGAAAUGGUUUCCUGGAGACCACUCUGAUGUUGGAGGGGGUUGGAUUCCCGAUUAUGAAACCAAACAGUUUCUUUCUCACAUUCCAAUGAGAUGGAUGCUUGCGGAGGCAAUAAGCAAUGGAGUUCUUUUCAAAAAGAAUAGCAUAAAAAGCUUUGCUGCAAAGUACCCCGCCAGGGAAAGUUUUGAAGCGUACUCGCACGACAUAUUAAGCUUUGAAAGUAGAGGGACCGCCAAGAGUUCAGUCCUUUCUGAGGAUAAAAUCGGGAUUUCAGGCAGGCCGUUGUUACUGCUUCAGGUGACAUUGUCCUUCGUAUUGAGGAUUGCAUGGGCGUUCCAAGUUGGCUUCUGUUAUAAGAGGAGAUGCGCAGAGAUGUUGUAUAAGUCAUGCGACUUUACAGGCAACAAAUUCAGCCCCGACAGCGCACAAAGUCAGGUUUCGUUCAAAUCAGAGCGUCCCAGUCACGCUGGAAGGGGGGACCAGUCAGCUCUUUUUGUCAUGUUCUGGUGGAUCAUGGAGCUUGUUCCACUAAAACGGAGGGUGCAAGGGCCGGAUUGUAAGUGGAAGAACGCUUACGUGCCCAACCUUGGAAAAAGUAGGGAACUUCCUCCGGAAGCGGAAUUGCAUUGGUCAGUUUACUGGAGGAUGAGGUAUUAUAAGGAUUACAGGCCCCAGAACUUACCGCAAUAUGCCGUUGACUUGCUUCAUAAGUAUGCUAAUAUGCCCGAGGCUGAAACAUGUUCUCUAUUAACUAGACUUUGGAAAAAGGCUUUGAACAUGGUCUACUCUCCCCACACACGCGGAUGUGUUUCAACGGCAGGAUCCCCUCAAUAUGAACGUGUAAUUGCAGAGGCCGAGCACCUUCUAAAACAAUGUGGUGACACGCCUUAUCCUCCAGUUCCUGACGAUCUUGAAAAUUUCCGGCAGCUGUAA